CUCCGCCUAUGAUCUGAUAAGAUUGUCGAUUUUUAUUUUUAUUUUUUGUAACCAAACAAACCCCAAAAUUCUCUCUUUGCUCUCGAAUAUUCGCGCUCGAAUUCUUCACACAGCGCUGAAAGUUCAAAAAUGUUAUCUGCCGAUUUCUUGCACCUCUGAUUCCUCCAAAGUUUCAGACUUUAGCCUCAUCAGGAUCAGAUGGCCGUUCUGUUACCGUCGUCGAGAAUCUCUUCAUUUUCCGUCUGCCGACGUCCGGUGGGGGUUUUUUCCGAUACAAAGAGCAGGGCUGUGCAGCAGAUCGCUAUUCCUGCAGCAAGCAAUAGAAAGGAAAAUGUGAGGAUUAGGGUUUUAUCGAGUGUUAAGGAUUUGGAGGAGGCUACUGCGAUUUUGGAGGAUAAUGUGGGGUUGUACGACCAAUUCUCGGCUCCUAAGGCAAAUGUUAGCAAAGAGGAAGAGGAGAAGCGGGAUUACUAUCUCAACACGGGCUACGCUAUCCGGACUCUAAGAGAGGAGUUCCCUACUCUGUUUUACCAAGAGCUUAGCUUUGAUAUCUACAGGGAUGAUAUUGUCUUCAAAGAUCCACUCAACACUUUUGUCGGCAUUGAGAAUUAUAAAUCAAUCUUUUGGGCAUUACGGUUCCAUGGCAGGAUAUUUUUUAGGGCUUUGUGGAUUGACAUUGUUAGCGUGUGGCAGCCUGUGGAGAAUUUGAUAAUGGUGCGUUGGACUGUCCAUGGCAUCCCUCGUGUGCCUUGGGAGAGCCGUGGGCGAUUUGAUGGCACUUCAGAAUACAAACUAGAUAAGAAUGGGAAGAUAUAUGAGCACAGGGUCCAUAAUAUUGCUCUAAAUGCACCUCCAAAGUUCCGCGUGCAAGCUCUGCAGGAAAUGAUUCAAUACAUUGGCUGCCCAUCGACACCAAAGCCAACUUUCUUUGAGAUCUCAUCCUCAUCAUUCAAGAACAUUAUGGCACUAGUGAAUUCAAGCGGGUUCAGACAUCACCUGUCUUCAAUUUUAACCUGUGUUUGGAAGAAGAACGAGGAAUCAUCUGACAAAGAAUAGCAUCCAUCCCACAUGGAGUGUGCGUGCGACAAGACAAAGCUUAAAACUUUUGUGAAUCUGUGAAGAAAAAUGAGAGCCCUUGCUAGGGUUUUCAUGCUCAUGCUCAUGCUCAUGCUCAUAAUGUGGAUGGAGUGUAUAUUUGAUAGUAAAUGCAACUAAGCCUGUGUACCAGCUCAGAGUUUAACUGAGUGGGGAUUUGUAAAAUUUUGUAUAGUGGUAUAGCCUAGCUGCCCAGUACAGGAUUUCAUGUUUUUUAGCACCUGCUACAUACAUCAAACUUGGUCCCUAUAAUAAACUAUUCUUGGUUUUGCACUUUACAUCAGAAAUGGUUAACCCAAAA